UCCCUUUUUUGACGCUAUUUUCUCUUCGAAGUUCGAAGAACCACACCCCAUCUUAUAUUUGUGAUUGCACUUGAUAUAAGAAGACCAUUGAUCUAAUUUAAGGAGCUAUUAAUUUCGAUUAUUUCUUUGUUUAAAGUCGUUUUUUUGGAUUUUCUGAGGUUUUGUUGAAUUGAUUUUGCUUACAGAGUCAUCUUCAGUAGAUGAUAAAGUAAGCUAUUCAAAGAAAGUGGCAUCAUCCCAUGAGUUAGGGGCAAAAUCCAGUGAGUUUCGCGGGUCUGCAGUUGUUCAUAGCAGUGGGAAUCUUUCUAUGGCCUGUAAUAGUCAAGCUAUUCAAGCGGUUUUGGCCAGUGAUAAAGAGACAGUAACUUCUGGUGAUUCAAAAGGAAGGAUUCUGCGGAAAAAAUUGAACAAAGUGGUUCUGGCCUAUAGUGGUGGCUUAGAUACCUCAGUCAUUGUACCUUGGCUGAGGGAGAAUUAUGGCUGUGAUGUUGUAUGCUUCACUGCAGAUGUCGGUCAAGGCAUGAAGGAAUUGGAAGGUUUGGAAGAAAAGGCCAAGGCCAGUGGGGCUUCUGAGCUAGUGGUGAAGGAUUUGAAGGAAGAAUUUGUGAGGGAUUUCAUAUUUCCUUGUUUGCGAGCUGGUGCAGUCUACGAAAGGAAGUACUUGCUGGGGACCUCAAUGGCCCGUCCUGUCAUUGCAAAGGCCAUGGUUGAUGUUGCCAGAGAAGUUGGAGCAGAUGCUGUUUCUCAUGGAUGCACAGGAAAGGGAAACGAUCAGGUCCGUUUUGAGCUCACUUUCUUUGCUCUAAAUCCUGAACUCAGUGUUGUGGCUCCUUGGAGGGAAUGGGAAAUAAGAGGCAGAGAAGAUGCCAUUGAAUAUGCUAAGAAACAUAAUGUGCCCGUCCCAGUGACGAAAAAAUCCAUCUAUAGUCGAGACAGGAACCUAUGGCACCUCAGUCAUGAGGGAGACAUUCUGGAAGACCCUGCAAAUGAGCCAAAGAAGGAUAUGUACAUGAUGACUGUUGACCCAGAAAAAGCACCUGAUAAACCUGAAUACAUAGAAAUUGGGAUAGUUUCAGGAAUCCCUGUUUCAGUCAAUGGAGAGGAGCUCUCCCCUGCAUCUCUUCUUGCUGAGCUAAACGAAAUUGGUGGGAGACAUGGAAUUGGACGUGUGGACAUGGUUGAAAAUCGCCUUGUUGGAAUGAAAAGCCGUGGAGUUUAUGAAACUCCUGGUGGAACUAUCCUCUUCACUGCUGUACAAGAGCUCGAGUCUCUAACUAUUGAUCGCGAAGGAAUCCAGGAAAAAGAUAGACUUGCCCUCAAAUAUGCCGAGCUAGUGUAUGCAGGCAGGUGGUUUGACCCACUUCGUCAGUCCAUGGACGCUUUCAUGGAGGAGAUCACAAAAACUACCACCGGAACAGUAACUAUCAAAUUGUACAAAGGAUCUGUUACUGUAGUGGGUCGACAAAGCCCCUACAGCCUGUACAGACAAGAUAUCUCAUCAUUUGAGAGUGGACAAAUAUAUGAUCAAGCUGAUGCUGCUGGAUUCAUAAGGCUUUAUGGACUGCCAAUGAGGGUUCGAGCAAUGCUUGAGAACGGUCUUUGAUAACUUUAUGGCUGGACAUGUGACGUUACAGUUGUCGCUUUUGGGUUAGUUAAUGACAGGCAGCUAUUUUUUCUAACAAGGCAGUCUUUAUUUUGAAACUAAGAAGAUACUGUUCUUCGAAAGUGUAUUUGUUUUCAGCUGAUUACUCCUUGUAACUUUCUAAAUCUCUUUUCUAUGGCAAAGCUUGCCAC